AUGAUCCAUGACCGUUACAUAACGCUCCUCAGAAUCCAGAAGAAACCCUUUUCCAUCAUCAAUUUGAAUGUUCCUGGUCACGGUGGGGCUGAAAGAGACUUUGAGAUUCCAGACUCCUUAGAUUGGGUACCCAGUAUAUCCAUCGCCGAGCUCACCAGUUUCGGACAUGAACUCUGGAAAUUUUUUAAAGUCGUUGAUGGGAUCUCAACCGUACGCGCGGGAAAUGUCGACGAUCCAAAGGGUUCGAAACACUUACGGGGGCUGAGCAACUGGAAUCUCCCGAAAGCGGCGCAGCAUGCUUCGACAGUCGGUGUAGUACACGCGCUGCGGCGUCACUUCAUCGGAGACGGGCGACCGCCGUUCGAGGGUGACAAGUCCUGGACAAAGCGCCUAUGCAACAGAAUGACGGGAACAUCCGACGCCAAGUUGGCCGCUGUUCAAGCUUUCAAGACGUCGACUACAUUCCGUGGCAGACGGAGCAGUAGAAAAACAAUAAACAGGCUGGCGAAUUCCAAAAGACAUACGACAGCCGGUGAAGAAUCGAAGCACCGGAGCCGUAGAGAUAUAUAUUCUGAAUAUUCUGAAGAACAAAUUCGGGACAUACGGCCGAAAGCUGGCCUCCGCCGUUUCAGUAAACGCGCCUUUCCGCCUUUCCACGUCACAGUACGACGUGUCCCAAACGCCCAUUUGUCUCCACUUGUGCUACUUUCACGACGUCGACCUGUCUCCCUCGGAGCCAUUGGUAAAACGGUCGAAUUCGCUGCAUUCGUCAAGUUCGCGGCGACUCGAACCGCCAGUGUCGGCGGCCUGGAGAACAGGCCUCUUCAUUUCCGGAUGUUAGCCUUCCUUUUUACUGGGAUCUUUGUCGACGCUCCGUCACGUAAUGAGGCUUUUGAGCUACUUAAGAAUCGCACGCCUCCGCCUGAAGCACGGCAAACUGUUUCCUUCUACUCCCGAUCCGCCGACCCCACUGCCACUUGGACGACAUAUUAUCACAUUAAAACGCUGUUCCCGUGCGCCAACUUUGCACUCCGACUGACCAAGACAUUGGGUGUCCAAAAUGAAAAUAGUCCUAUCAAGCUGAAUAGAAUGGCGACGGCAGUGAACGUGAUUACCAUGCGUUUAAUGCCGUCUCUUAUUCGGCCUCCUCGCUGGGAAGCUUCCAAGCUACUUAUCAGAUUGAAGUUCAAGUUCAGAUGGGCGGGCGCUCUACACGAGGCAUUCUGA